CAGGUUUGCUUUCGCCUUUGCGGCAGACGCCGUCGACACCGGCGCCGCAACUCAUUCGACGACGGCGAUCCCGGGAACGCCGGCGGCCCCGCGGACGACGACGACGAUGACGACGACGACGACGGCGACGACCUGGACACUGUGACAGUGCCCAUAACGCUCUGCCUCGCCAUCAUGGUGUCCUUCAUAGUCGGGGGAGCGACACUGUUUAGCGAGUGGGAGCGAUGGGACCUGUUGGAAGGCUCGUACUUUUGCUUCAUCAGCUUGUCCACGAUCGGGUUCGGGGACUAUGUGCCCGGCGACAGCAUCCACACCGAGUCCGGAGAGAUCCAGCUCAGCUUCAUCUUCUGCUCCAUGUACCUCAUGCUCGGCAUGGCCCUGAUUGCCAUGUGUUUUAAUCUCAUGCAGGAGGAAGUUGUGGCCAGUAUAAGCGCAAUGGGGAAACGCUGCGGGCUAGUGAAGGACGAAGACGACAUGGACGACGAUGAGGAUGAGCAGAUGGAAGACAUGUUCGAGAUGGAGCAAAUCCCGACCGUGUCGGAAGUACAAAUGGCGCCGCCCGUGGCCGAGGCAGUCGUGUCGGCGUCGUCGGCGUCCCACACGACAUCCGCCACGUCAUCCGCGUCGUCAUCGUCCUCUUCUUCUUCGUCGUCUUCCUCUUCCUCCUCGUCGUCUUCGGGCUCGACGGGCUCGGCGUCGACGACAAGGGGCAGGAACGGGGCCAGUUACCGCCGACGGAGGAAGUUGUGGCCAGUAUAAGCGCAAUGGGGAAACGCUGCGGGCUAGUGAAGGACGAAGACGACAUGGACGACGAUGAGGAUGAGCAGAUGGAAGACAUGUUCGAGAUGGAGCAAAUCCCGACCGUGUCGGAAGUACAAAUGGCGCCGCCCGUGGCCGAGGCAGUCGUGUCGGCGUCGUCGGCGUCCCACACGACAUCCGCCACGUCAUCCGCGUCGUCAUCGUCCUCUUCUUCUUCGUCGUCUUCCUCUUCCUCCUCGUCGUCUUCGGGCUCGACGGGCUCGGCGUCGACGACAAGGGGCAGGAACGGGGCCAGUUACCGCCGACGGUGACGGAUUUCACACUUUUCAAUUUAUAUUUGAUUCAGAUCGUUUUUCUUUGACUUGUUUUUUUUUUCAAAGGAAGAGUGUGUCUCGGAAUGUUUUGAUCCCUCCUGUGCAUGUGUAAUGGUUAUUCAGUUUAUUCAUUCAUUCAUUUGUUUGUUUGUUCUUUUUUCGUCAUCGAUUCUGGAAAACCUGUCAACGCUGGUGUUUCUUGUUAUUCUCCUUUUCGAUUUCCGCGUUACGCUUGUUUUCUUUUUAUUUCAUGUUUUGUUUUUCUUUUCAUUUUUCUUUUGAACCGAGGCUAUAUUCGUUGUUCCUGUUGGGAUAAAAUGAAGGCGAGUUUGCGUAAAUUUA